AUGCUUAUAUUUCUAUUGAUUAUUGUAAUUACAAGUGGAACAGAAAGUAUUAAUAAUACAGAAGAAAGAAAUGAAGAAAUAAUACAUACACGAAUAGAACCAAAACAGCACAAAAGAAUAUACAAUGAAUAUAAAGUACAUUUAAAAGGUGAAGGUGAAGUAAUAGAACCACUACAAGAAGCAAAAGAAACUGGAAAUUCUAAUCAAGGCAGUGGAAAAAAAACAGAGGAUAGUGAAGAAAAAGAUGAUAAACAUGUAGAUGGAGGGAAACAGAAUGAUGGAGAAACAAACACGCCAAAAGCAGAACCAAAAGAAGUGAGUAACACGGAAGAAAAAGUUACUGGUAACGAAAAAGAAGAAGAACAAGGAAAUAGUAAUGAUAGCAAAAAAGAAGAAGCAAAAAAAGAACAAGAAAAAACAAAAGAAAGUGGUGAAGGGGAUAGUGAGAAAAAGCAUGAUAUACCUACAAAUGAAGGAAAAGAAAAUAAAGAUACAACAAAAGAUAAAAAUGACAAAGAAGAAAAAAAAGAUACUAAUGAAGAAGGAGAGUCAAGUGGAAAAGAAGGACAAAAAACAAAUGAAGAAAGUAAGAAAGAAACUGAAAACCCACAAAAUAAUGAAAGUAGCAACAAAGAAGAAGAACAAAAGAAAGAAGAAGAAAAAAAGAAAGAAGAAGAACAAAAGAAAGAAGAAGAACAAAAGAAAGAAGAAGAACAAAACCAAGAAAAACCAAUUAAUGAAAAGAACGAACAAAAAGAAAAUAAAACAACAAAUACUUCUGAUAAUUCAGGAACUAAAGUGGAUGAUAAAACUGAUGAACAUAAUAAUCUUGAUGGAGCCUCAAGUAUAUUUAUUGUUCUUUCAGGUAUUAUUGCUUUAUUCUUCUUCUAA